GUAGCAACCUACUAGCUCAGUUCCAUUGUGAUUGGCAAACAACCCACUAUGAAGAUCAUUUUGGUUCUGACUUUGAUCUACAUAGCGGUCGCUACUGCCGUACCCCGCCGAACGUACGACAACGAUCACCAGCAUAAACGAUCGACACCGCCCAAGAAUCCUGCUGAACCCCUGGGCUACACGGAAGCGGAGACGACUUCGGAGUACUGGCGCCAAGUAGCACGCAACAUCCUUGCAUCUAAGCUGACCGAAACGCCCGUACUGACCAAACCGAAGAACGUAGUCUUGUUCAUUGGUGAUGGCAUGUCGGCGCAAACAAUCGCUGCCACCCGGAUGUACCUCGGCAACGAAAACAAGAUGCUCUCGUUCGAGGAAUUUGUCAACUUGGCUACGGUCCGAACCUACUGCGUCGAUCAACAGGUAGCCGAUUCGGCGUGUACAGCAACUGCUUUGUUUUCCGGUGUUAAGACGAACCACGGAAUGAUAAACGUUCCGUCAGAGGUUCCAUUCAACAGCUGUGGAUCUACUGGAGAGAUCGUCGGUUUGUUGAAGUGGGCUCAGGAGAGCGGUUUAGCUACGGGAAUGGUAACUACGGCACGUGUCACAGACUCCACGAUGGCCGCUGCCUACGCAAGUGUGACCAACGAUGGCUGGGAAGAUGAUUCGUACGUGAGGGCAGAUGGGUGUGAUCCAACUAAGGAUCCAGAUAUCGCUCAGCAGUUGGUUUAUGGAGACGUGGGACGUAAUUUGAAGGUCGUAUUGGGUGGAGGCCGCAGACAUUUCAUCCCAUCAACAAUGACUGACGAAGAAGGUAAGCACGGAUCCAGAUCAGAUGGACGGAAUUUGAUUAGCGAGUGGAAAGAACUACAUCCGGAGGGGGAAUACGUGUGGAACCGAACAAGUUUGAGGUCAGUUAGCUUCAGCAGAACCGAGCGAUUGCUGGGAUUGUUCGAAAGUAGUCACUUGAAGUACCGCUUGGAGGUACUCGAGCAAGGUUCCCAGAUGACCGAGCCGAAUUUGCCGGAUAUGGUGGCGAUUGCGUUGCGAAUGUUGAACCAGCACAAUGAUGGGUACUUUUUGGUGGUAGAAGGAGGCAGAAUUGAUACGGCUCAUCACGAGACCAGACCCCGAUUAGCACUUGAGGAAACCGCAGAAUUCUCACGAGCGGUUGAUUUGGUGCGUACUUUGACUCGAGAGGACGAUACGUUGAUUGUGGUCACGGCUGACCAUGGACACACCAUGACCUACAAUGGAUAUCCGAGCCGAGGAAGUGAUGUUUUGGGCAUUGCUGGUUUGAGCGAUGAGGAUGGCCUUCCCUACACUACCUUAAGUUAUGCGAAUGGGCCAGGAUAUUACACCACCUACAAAGAGGAAAACCGUGGUGAACGUGUAGACAUUAGUAAAAUAAAUUUUAAAGAUUUCCGUACACAGUAUCCGGCAACUGUUCCCCUGGACGAGGCCACGCACGGCGGUGAAGAUGUCCCAGUAUAUGCCCGAGGUCCCAUGGCGCAUCUCUUCCGAGGAAACAUGGAACAAAGCGCCGUUCCACAUCUGAUCGCCUACGCAGCCGAAAUAGGAAGGUUUCGAAAAUAGAUUUAAGUUCAACUAAUUUAUUGUAGAUUAAGUCAAAAAGUUUUAUAUUGAAUAUUGAAUUCUCAAAAAAUUAAAAGUUA